UAGGGGUAUUCCUUAGUCAGUUUGUUUUGAUAGCAAGACGCCAUUAUUGGUGCUGUAUUGUUAGGCGACGUGACGACGCUACCUUUCUUGGCCCUUCCUCCGGUGCUUGUCGUCCCUCCUCCCGGUGACGUGUGCGAGGAUCCUCGCUGCCUACGCCGGUGGGCGACAAAGCGGCCGCAAGUAUAAAGAGCGAGCGGGGACUCCCCAGCUCCACUCCCCUGAAGGCCAGGCACAGCGGCUCCGUUCCCAGAGCUGAACCCCCAGCAGAGAUAGCAGCAAGCAGGCACUCCCUCGCCGCGCAGGCUAACUCGCUUUCGGCUUUGGUUCGCCAUGGAGACCCGUCGCACUCGGAGGACUUCCAGCAGAGCAUCCCACAACUUCAAGAGUGGACUGUCCCUGUGGCUGAUCCUGUGGCUGGUGGUAGUCAAGCCCAGCAGUGUGGCGCCAUGCCCCAGGCUUUGUGUGUGUUACCCGACACCCAUGACGGUCAGCUGCCAGUCCCAGAACCUCACCAUCGUGCCAGCCGGCGUGCCCUACGACUCGCAACGUGUGUUCCUGCAAAACAAUCGCAUCACCGAGCUCCGUGCCGACUCCUUUGGCUUUGAGACGCAGGUGCUUUGGCUUUACGGCAAUAACAUCACAUUGAUUGAGGCCGGGGCCUUUAGCAACCUAAGGGUUCUGGAGGAGCUGGACCUGGGUGACAACCCCUCACUUCGGCACCUUGAAGGCGGAGCGUUCAGGGGGUUGGAGAAGUUGCAGAGCUUGCACAUGCACCGUUGCAAGUUGGCCAUGUUGCCCCAUGACCUCUUCCUCAAGCUCUACAGUCUACAGUUUCUCUACUUGCAGGACAAUCAACUUCACAUUCUGCAGGAUGACCUGUUCUCAGAUCUGGUCAACCUCACCCAUCUAUUUCUCCACGGCAACCGCAUCCGCGCCCUGUCUGAGAAUGUUUUUCGAGGCUUGGUCAAUCUGGACCGCCUGCUCCUCCACGACAACCGAAUCCGGCAGGUGAACCGUCGCUCUUUCCGCGAUCUGGGCCGCCUGACCAUUCUUUACCUGUUCAACAACUCCCUGGCUGAGUUGCCAGGACAGGCCAUGAAAGACACUCAAGGCAUUCAGUUCCUCCGCCUCAAUGACAACCCCUGGUCCUGCGGUUGCGAGGCCCGUCCUCUCUGGGAGUGGUUCCGUAAGGCUCGUAUCGCCUCCUCUGAGUUGCUGUGCUUGUCGCCAUCCCAGCGUCGCGGGCAAGACCUCCGAUUCCUCCGGGAGCUGGACUUCGCCCUCUGCCCCAUGCCUGACCCUGGCUCUCUGGCUGGUACCACCACGACCUCUUUCAGCACCAAGACCCGCUGGUGGUUCUCCAAGAACAAGCCCGCCUCCAAGGCGUUGUACAAGAAGAACACAGAGACAGGGAAGGCAUUACCAAAGCAUCUUCCCAAAACCAUCUUUGAAGCUUCAAAGUAUGAACUAUCUGAGGCCGAGGUGGCUCUCCCAAAGCUCGACACAGAAGAGUACUGGGCCAACUAUGGCAACGAAGAUGCCUCCAUCCGCUGCUUUGAGCCGGAGUGCGGCCCAGGCUAUGAAAAUCCAGCGUUUGCCUCCUCCUUCUCAUCCUUAGCUCCCAGUCCGGUCCUCCUCCACCCUCUCUUCUUCUCCAUUGUCACAUUCUUCCUCCAUUUCCUUUUUGGUUGAAACUAUCAUUUCUUUAACUUCCUUUUCUUCUCCGAUUCCCCCCUUCUGCUCCUCUCAACUCAAAACAAAAACACGGGAUCUCAAUCCCUUCCAGUCACCGCCUGGAGCUGCAGGUCGGUGACAGAAGUCAGUCGAGGCAGUCAGGAUCUGUUUCAGAAGCAGAGUCGCGGUGACGUAGAGGCGGAAAAUCGGCAACUUCUUCUUGCAAGCACAGCCUUCAAAAAAACUGACCUCUUGGAGACAGGAAGUAAUGAAUGACACAGACACACAACACAGGAAGUUGGUGAGCUUGUAGUUCUAGCAGUAAACUAUGCAGAUGUUGUCUACAGCACGGGUGUCCAAAGUUGUUUACAUUUUGUUCAUAAAAAUACAAUUUAACAAGAACACUACCGUAAUUUCCGGGCUACAGAGUUUCGUACAAAUUUAUGAGCAGCAAGUGUACACACUGAAAUAUUUACACAGGCGCUUGUGUUCAUUCACAAAUGUAACAAAAGGCGGUACCUGUAACGCGGUAUACAGUAGCCUACCGGAAAAGUCAUUGAGCGUGGUCUUCGUCCUUCUCCUCGUCCUGCUUAAAACGCUAAAGUCGUCUUCUUGGGAGCGUGGCGAUCCGGCCUUCCGGGCCCCAUCAGUGACGGUUGAUUUUGGGGCUGCGUUUUGUGCAUUUUGUUGUUGCUUCCCCAUGAUGAUGGUGAGUCCAUAACAUGCUAAAUGGCCGACCGAACAAUUGUGCGAUUGCGUUCAAUUUGAUGCUAACAAUUUCAAGGCUGAAUUUAUUGGCGGCAUUGAGUAAAGUGCAGGGUUCGACGUGGAGAGAAAAAAAGCAACAGCUUGACCGCGAUAAAUGAGUUCUUGCAAAGUAGGAAUAAUUCUUUACAAGUCAAAUAUUUUAAAAACCAGAGCAUAAAAAAUGGUUAACAGCCAUCUAAAUACAGUUUUUAGCAUUAUAGCUGAAUUGGUUGGUGCUGGAAUUGUUUAAAUCAGGCAAGAAAUGUUGAAGUAGUAACAGGUAUUAGGGAAUUUUGGGAAAACCGGGAAUUUUUCAAGUUUAAACAACUUCAUUUUUGUCCUUAAGUGGAAUUAUUUGACGGUGGAACAGUUUUGGACAUGGUUUGAAAAACGUGGAAGGAAUAGUCAACAGUAAAAAGGGUGGGAAAAAAAAUUUUCAACUUGGAAAAAAAAAUACUUUGAAUGUCCAGUAUGAGUGGAAUAUGUUAAAGGUGGAAUGGUUUGAAUCGGUUGAGAAAUGUAGAAAUGGUUGAAGUUUGGAAUUCAUUUUUAGUGGGGAAAUAUGUCCCGGAAAACCUGGAAUUCUGGGAAUUUUUUGAUUUUGUCAAGGGAAAGCUGAACAGUUUGAAGUUGGAACGGUUUGAAUCGGGUGAAAAAUGUGGAAGGUAGAGCGCACCACAAUCUGGAGAAGAAGAUGUGUAGACAACACAUGUGAAUGUUUUGGAGCAUUCACACAAUAAAUUCAGAGGUGGAUCUCAAUACUUAGUUCAUAUCACCUAUUUCAGUUCAUGUAGAGACGUCACUGCUGACAAAAGAAAGCGAGCGGACGAGUGCUGGAUGGUUUGCAGCCAAGAUUGACUCGGCCAUCACAGCCGCCCACACUCGUACACACCACACACCGCACACACUAUCCUUUUAGUAGCCUUUAAUCAUAGACAAGAACAUGAACCUCUUGUGCCUGAAGUAAAUAUGACAUCAAUGUCCUGUUAAUACCUUGGAUCUCUUACUUUUUUCUGUGGUUUGUGUUAAAUAUCAUUAUGUAUUAUAUUUAUUCAUUAUAAUCUUUUUUUCUAUUGCUCUUUGCAGUUUAGAAAUAAUGUAAUAGAUUUAAAACAUUUGAUAUAUUAUUUGAAAGUGUGUAAGUUUAUUCCCUUUUGUCUUUAAUUAGAGAGAGUAUAUUUUUGACCUAUUGUCAGCUAUUAAUUACUGAAGCCAUUUGUCAAAGUCAUGUUAUCCAAAUCAUGUAUAAUAACCCAUUAACACUGUUGGUGUCUGUGUUUUUUUAUUGAAUAAAUGCCAGAAGCAAUGCUUUGUUUUGUUUA